AUGCCUGGCAUUUGGGCACGUAGCGGCUCGAUGCCAAGACCCGAUCGACAGGACGAUUUGGUGUUUGAAAUGUGGCAGCAAGGACCACAAACGGCUCACGAGCUGCUGAAGCAGCAGGUGCGCGAAACGAGGUCUGACGUGGCAAUCAGAAGUGAGCUUUUUCGUAGGAUGUCUGCUGAGAAUUGGAUAUGCAGUAAUUCCGGCAAGGCCGUGCUUUGGGCAUGUGGCAGUCCUAAUGUACAACUGCGUUCGAGGCUAGCAGGCGGGCAUUUUGUCAGAGCCUUAAUAAACGGCAAGUGGAUCUACUGCUGCUAUUUCCCGCCUAGUCUAGACUAUCUGGACUUCUGCGAAUCGCUGGACGAACUAGCGGCGGACGCGAGAGCUCACAGCCCGUUCGUAAUAGCUGGAGACUUCAAUGCGUGGGCCCAAGAAUGGGGCAGCAGCAUAACAAAUGCUCGCGGGCGCGCCGUUCUAGAGUCGCUUUCGUCAUUAGACGUCGCACUUCUAAACUGCGGCUCUCGCAACACGUUCAACAGCUUGGCGAGAAUUGCUGCAUGGCGGCUGGAUGACAACUACACAGCCAGCGACCAUGAGGCCAUCAUUUUUUCCCUUGGACAGGCAGCUCGACCACAACAGACGCAUACCCAGGCAGUGGAAUUACCAUAUAAAGCUGACACGCUUAACACCCAGGCAUUUACAGCUGCAAUUUACGAUGCGACGCUGGCUGCGGGAUCUGCUCAAGGCAUGGCAGACCAGCUAUGUGGCAUGCUGGCAUCAGCCUGCGAUGCGAGUAUGGCCCGCUCCAGACCAUUCAAUAAACAUCACCAACCAGUCUUCUGGUGGAAUGAUGAAAUUGGAGAUCUACGAAGGGCUUGCCUAACCGCAAGAAGGCGUUACCAAAGGGCAAGGAAGCGGCUGGACCCACCUGACAUAGCAUCCUCCUACAGGCCGAUUUGUCUAAUAGACACAGUCGGCAAAGUCCUGGAAGGACUAAUCAACACUAGGUUAAACGAUCUAAUCAGCAGGAGCAAUGGCCUCUCGGAAAACCAAUUCGGCUUUCGGAAGGCAAGGUCGACGAUAGAUGCAAUCAGCAAAGUAGUUAAUAUUGCUGCAAAUGCAAUCGAGGGCUCCCGGUGGAAGGGCGGCUCUAAAAAAUACUGCCUGGUCGUCACAAUAGACGUUAAGAACGCCUUCAACACAGCGGACUGGGGCUGCAUCCUGGGGUCGGUGUGUAGGCUGGAAGCGCCGGUAUACCUGCAAGCCAUCAUACGGAGUUAUUUUGAUGGGAGAGUGCUGCGAUUCAACACAGAUGAGGGCUGCGACAGUCACCACAUUUCUGCCGGAGUUCCACAAGGGUCCGUAUUGGGCCCGCUGGGUCACUACUGGAACAUAAUGUACCUAUGUACGAACUGGCUUCACUCAGUCGGUCUCUCACUGGCAGUGUUAAAAACGGAGGCGGUGCUUAUUAGUAGUAGGAAGACAGUGGAAGUUGCUAGGAUACUAGAAGAAAGAUCUGCGAUUGCCUCAAAGCGGGCUUUACGUUACCUGGGCGUAUGGAUAGACACUCGUCUAUGCUUUCGGGAACAUCUGAAUCACGUACAUACCAAGGCGGCGAGUACUGGGCAGGUCUUGCCCCGAAUCAUGUUAAAUACCAGAGGCCCGAAACAGGAGCGCAGGCUGCUGCUAGCGAGUGUGCUAAAGUCAGUGAUAUUGUAUUCAGCGCAAGUAUGGUCGCAAGCUAUUCACGUCCCGUCAUACAGCAAAGGCAUUAAAGCCACAUAUCGUCUAUGCGCACUUCGAGUGUGCAGCGCUUUCAGGACCGUUUCGGAGGACGCUGCGUUGGUAAUUGCGGGUAUGAUCCCAAUCGACCUACUUGCCGAUAAAGCCAAGGCGAUCGCCGUUGGCAAAGACGCUGGGAUGCCUCUAGCAAGGGAAGGUGGACGCAUCUCCUCAUCCCAAACGUAA